ACUAUGCUGUGUGUUACAUUUCAGGUGUGAAACCCUUCAAGUGUCAGCAGUGUGACUACUCCACUGUGGAGAGGAGCCAUCUGAAGGUGCACUACAGAAUACACACUGGUGAGAAGCCUUACCGCUGUAUGUUCUGCGACUACGCCACGGCCCAAAACUCCACACUGAAGAUUCACCUGAAACGCCACCACGAAGGACAGCUGACCAGUGAGGGUGGCGGGAGACGGCCACGAGACGCCUCGCACCUUGCAGGCCUGAGGGAGCCAGACCCUUCCAUCCUCAAUGGACGAGACAGCGGACGAGACAGCUCCCCACUCUCGCUCGGCUCCCGGCCGUACCCGAAGGCGGCUAGCUCCUCCCCUCUGGCCGAAGCAGGGGCGGGGCUCUGUGGAGACCGACAGGAGCAGAUAACCAAUCACAGGGCGGCGGAAUACAGAGAGGCAAACUCAAACUCCCUGGACAACUGCACAGCGACAGAUCUACAAACGUACUCCAGAUUUGGUGGAGAAAGCGAAGCUGCUGUGGGCCCUGGGGAGUCGUAUUCGUCAGCACAAACCGGAAGUGGCGGUGGCCAUAGCAACAAUAUGAAGAGCGUGAUCAAGAACAGUUCGUCUGCCGAGAGGGCGGACAGACACGGAGCGAGCGCGGUACCUGGUUCCGGAGUCAAGGACGCCAACAUGGCCGUCCGGAAACUGAGCCUUGAACCCGGAAGUGGAGAACUCCAUCGCCGCUUCGGUCAUGAUGACAACUCCGCUCCUGGCGGCGAGAACGGUGCCAAGUCUCGCGACGACAACCGGGUGGAGUCCUCUCGCGAGUCUGAUCUCGGCAAGUCGUCACAUCACGGGGCGGGUGGUCAGCCAAACACCCGGGACCUAGACAUCAGCAAGAGCCACGCCAGCAAUUCCCCUCCCAUGGACACCAGUACUGGGGGCGGCGGGAAAUCAGACGACAGACGCACAUCUCUGGACUUGGGCAGAAGUCCACAAGUGUUCUCUUCGCUGCCGAAGGGUUGGUCAGUCUCCACCAUCGAUGCCGCCCCCACGACGACCAACUCGACGAGCAAUGCUGCUGCAGAGACUGUUACCUUGACCACCAAGUCGGACAGUCUGAUGUCUCUGGACCAGGUGGACGACGAAGACGUGGAUGACCUUGACUACAGCCCGGCUUUGCCCUCAGUCGUUAUACCAGAAAAGGCGUUUGUUCGGGGCUAGCGAGUUCCGAGAAUUGUUGUUUUUGUUGUGUUCUUGUUUUGAUUGUUUCAAGACAGUUUUGGUUCCAAGCACUGUUUCUGCUCUUCAUUAUGAUGGGCUUUGACCUCACCGUGAAUGUCUUCUUGUUACGAGUUGUUUGUUUUUUAAAUUUGGUUGUUAUUUUUUUCACUUACCGUAAUGCGAUAGAUGCCAGCCGUAAACGACACCUUGCUGUUAUUGACGUUGAAAUGCUUUUGACUUUGUGAUGAGUGUUCAUUUCACACCAAAAUGUCAUUGACUCGUGAGUCAAGUCAUUUGAUUUUAAUGAAAUCGUGAUUUUACUAAAAGUGGCUACUUGUGCCCUCCAGUAAAAUCUGUUGUACAUGAUGUAAUAUGAUCUUUCCCUUAAUCGACAUUGUCUUUUAGAUAGUAUGACAAUUGUCCUGAAAGUACAAGAACUUCUUAGGAAUGUUUUGUCUGGGGGUUGUUGUUUUUUUUGGGGGGGGGGUUUGUUGAUUUUUUUUACAAUCACCUUGUGUAAUAGCAUUUUAAGGUACGCUUUUGUUUGGGGAAAGAAAUGAAAGAUAGAGGUCGUUGGGGGGAAGGGGGAGGGGGGAGGGGGGUUCAUUUCACUUCGUCAGCUUUUUUGUGCCGAGAAAAAACUUUAUCACUAUGACGUAGUUUGCUUCAUUUUCUGUUGCACUUGCUGCCGACUUUCUGCUGGGAAUUUUUAAAGCCGCACUGAGUAGUUUUUACGUCGAGAUUCAUGUACUUGUGAACAAUAACACAUGUAGUACAGAAACUAUUGGUCGUCUACUGCAAGUAUACAUUGUAAUGCCUUCCAGAAAAAAGGCAGCGAUGAAUGGCAACAUAACAGGAGCUGCUGACUUCAGCUAAAGCUGAAGCCUCUGAGUGCGCUCUGUGGUCUCUGGGCGUCACUGCCAUGUUUAUAAAGUGCCAUAUAUUUCUUGUUAUAAAUGAUUGUGAUCCCUGCAGUCUUUUCCGUGGUCCUGUGGCCCUUCUUCCGGUGUCGUGUAAAAGAUAUACUUAAUGAAUGUCACACGAGAGCGAAUUAUAAUUGUAAAAAAGUUAAUAUUACUGCAACAACUAAAUACCCUAUCCCCUUCUGAAAAACAACAACCAAACAACAAAGGUUUAUAGCCCUAGUAAGAUAUCUUUUUUAUAGUUGUUUUCGCUCUUCUACCCUGUCCCUCCCUCCCUCCCUCCCACUGUUUAUAAGAGAUUGAAAAAUAUGCCGAAUAUCUCUUCCCGCCAUGUGUGCGCAUACAUAGUAUAA